AUGGUUGCACGAUCUCCUCAAAACCCACGACUUAGCGAAUGGGAAAUGCCCGAACAUGAUGAAAUGCAAAACCGGAAUACAAUUUGUAGAAGCGCUGCUGAUGUGACCAUAGAUGUUGAUCGAUGUGAGUCAAGUGAUUCAGAGACGAAAAAGCCGAAAUCAACAUUUCAAUAUGGAAAAUAUUGUAAAUCAAAAAUAUUACCUAUUCUUAAAGGUGUACUAUCGGGUGUAGCCACGAAUAUUCUAUUACUUAUUACUGUCCUCGUACUAUGGUUGGCACCGCGUCAUCAUACAGGAAUAGUCGUAACAAAUGAACUUCCUCCGGGUACUAUUCUUUUAUAUAGCGGCAAUUUAACGAUUUUGAACGGAUCGACUUUUCGUUGGUUACUCUGUGAUGGAUCAGAAGUAUCUCGUACGAUCUAUCAAGACUUAUUCGAAGCAAUUGGUAUUACGUAUGGAUCAGGCAAUGGAAAUGAUACUUUCAAUAUACCUGAUUUUCGUAGUCGAUUUCCAUUGGGUAGUAACAGCACCUAUAGCAGUUCAUUAGUUGCUGGUGGUACAUCGAUACAUUUCAUGAGUAUCGCAGAGUUACCUAUACACUCGCAUACUCAAGGUUCUCUACAAACACUCUAUAGUGGUGUACACACACACGCGAUUGUCGAUCCUGGACAUGAUCACGGAGGAUCAACAGGCGAUGGACCAUUUUCUAACGGCACUUCUGGUAUGGUUCCCAGUAAUGGUGUAGGUACUGAUAAUGCAGCUCACAGUCAUACGAUUUAUGUCGGCACUACUAAUAUUACAAUGCAGUCGGAUGGAAGUCAUAUACACACAAUACAAGGUUCAACAGAUACAGAAGGUUCCAGUCAAGCAAUGGACAAGAUGCCACCUUAUCAAACGGUUCAUUACAUAAUUCGUGCUUAA